AUGGGAAAGUUGCCUCUGUGGAUGCUUGAAUACUGGCAUUUACUUGCGAUUGCUUGUCGCGAUGUGUUUCACGGCACGUACACGGAAGAGCGACUGACAGCCGCGAGCCAGUCCUUCGACUUCAUUGGAGCCCCGGUGGAGAUAGCCCUCUUCGACUCAGCCGACAAGUGGUUCAUCACCGAAUUCCGCGGCCUGGCGUCCAAAGGAUGCGUGAAUGAAUCGCGGAAUGCCCGUGAUGACCCACGUGUUCUCACUCCGCACAGGCAGUGGCAGGAUCGUGUUAUCGAGGACCUCUUGGUCCUCCCUGAUCAGCUUCGCGCCCCCGGUCGGACUGAGGCGCUCAGCUCCAUGGCUCUUGAAGAGGUUGUACUCGACUGCCCCGAAGGAACUGAAGAAGCACACCCCGACACCGAGACCGAGGGGCUCAAGCAGGAAUGGCUGAUGACUUUGCAGCGGGAGUGCAACCUUCUGGGCCUCGGCGUACGGCGCUGUGAGUCGGGUCGUCGUCAGCUGAAGCUCGCCGGUGAGAGGAGCUCUACCACCCGGGCGAGCAAGCUGUUGCAUACCGUGCACUUCUGGAACCAAGCGGAAAUCGUCAAGUGCCGGGCACAGCAAGCGGACUUGGAAAAGCGCCUGUCUUGUCUCGAGGGCGCUUCGCGGGAGGAGGGAAAGGUGAUAGAGUUUCCGGUCGACAUGGACAUCAUGCAGCUGAUCAUAGGUCUGGCAAGAGACUGCAAGAUAUCAAGGAACAAAGCCAUCGCCGGGCGCUCAGUCGUCAACACUUUCGAGCUAAAAGAGCUGUUGGUGCGUGUCGUUGGGCAAGACCCCGAUGCGGUAGCCGCGACGCAGAGGCAGCUUGAGUACAAGAGGAGGAAGCUGUCCUUCGACGUUGACGAAGUCGGGUACAUCUUGGGCAAGAACCUGGCCAACAUUCGGGAGAUUGCCGAAAAGGCUGGCUGCCUGCGUCGCUCCACUACUUCCCAUUUAAGGCGACCUGUCGUGGCCUCGAUGUAA